AAUUUCAGUUGGUCGUCUUCAUUCGGAGUGAUAAGUCGCUUAAAAAAGAAGUUGUUUACGUCAAAUAGUGAUUCUGAAAUGUCUGAAAGUAAAGAAAGUGCAAGAAAUGGAAAUAAUUUCCAUUGCGAUACAAUGAUCAAGUACAAGGCACUGGAUAUGCCUGAAACAUUACAAUCUGAUUUUGUGUACCCUGAUACUCCAUCGAAAUGUACUUGGGUUCAAGAUAAAUCAAGUCAACCAGAAACACCUCAUUCUGUUCGUACUUUUCGUGAACGUCCAAAGACGAUUCCACACAUCUUGGAUGCUAUUGGAAUGACACCAAUGGUUCGAUUGAAUCAUAUUCCACAAUCGCUGGGAAUCAAAUGCAAAGUUUAUGCCAAGUGUGAGUUCCUAAAUCCCGGAGGGUCUGUAAAAGAUAGAAUAGGCUACAGAAUGGUUCUAGAUGCUGAAAGUAAAGGAACUUUAAAACCUUACUCGACAGUCAUUGAACCAACAUCAGGUAACACUGGAAUCGGUUUAGCAAUGGCAUGUGCUGUUCGUGGUUAUAGAUGCAUAAUUGUUUUACCUGAAAAGAAUUCAGACGAGAAAGUUAAUGUCUUGAAAGCUCUUGGUGCUGAAAUUAUUAGGACAAGAACAGAAGCUAGAUUUGAUGAGGCCGACUCACUUGUUGCUGUUGCACAACGUUUGCAGAAGGAAAUACCAAAUUCCGUUAUUUUAAAUCAAUAUACAAAUUCUGGAAAUCCUUUGGCUCAUUAUGACGGUACAGGUUCUGAAAUGCUUUACCAGUUGGAUAAUAAAAUUGAUAUGGUAAUACUGGGUGUCGGGACUGGAGGAACAUUAACUGGUGUUGCUAGAAAAAUUAAAGAAGAGUGUCCAAAUUGUAAAAUUGUUGCUGUUGACCCAGAAGGCUCGAUUCUCGCACAACCAGACUCAGUGAAUAUUUCGGACGUUGUGGUUUAUGAAGUUGAGGGAAUCGGCUAUGAUUUCGUUCCAACUGUUCUCGAUCGUAGUGUGGUUGAUAAAUGGAUGAAGUCAAAUGAUAAAAUGGCAUUUCCGAUGGCAAAGAGGCUGAUUCGUGAAGAAGGCCUUUUAUGUGGAGGAUCAAGUGGUGCUGCAAUGUUUGCAGCUAUGGAAGCAGCAAAAGAUUUAACUGAAGAUCAAGUUUGUGUAGUGUUGUGUCCCGAUAAUAUCCGUAAUUAUAUGACGAAAUUCUUAGUUGACAAUUGGAUGGAAGCACGAGAUUUUAAGAAAUCUGAAAAUUUGUUCUGUCAUGAUUGGUGGAACAGCAAAAUUUCGUGCCUUAUUUCCAAUCAAUCUGCAAUUACAAUUACUGAAACUGCUACAUGUCAUGAAGUGAUUGAUAAAUUAAAAAGCAUGCAUUUGGAUCAAGCUGCAAUCACUGAUACUCAUGGAAAUAUCCAAGGAAUGGCAACAGUUAACAAUAUUAUGUGCAAGAUCCUAGAUCGUUCAGUCGAACUUAAUGAUCCAAUUUCAAAAGCUCUGUUCAAAAAGUUCAUUAAGAUUGAAAUGGAUACAACUCUCGGAAAAUUAUCAAGAAUAUUAGAAAAGGAACCGUACGCAGUCGUUGUUCAAAAACGAGAAAUCUAUCACAACAGAAUGACCAAAAACAUUGAAAGUGUCAUCACAGUGUUAACUCAAAAUGAUAUGCUUAAUUAUUUGGCUAAUAAAAAAUUAAGCAAUGGCAAUUAGGUUCCGAUUGGCUAGCUAUGUAGAUUGCCAUAAUCAGGAAUAAUAAAUGCAGAUGUUCAAAUUGAUUCUUUUUGUUUAAUCCAAUUCAUAAUCUAUGACUUUAUUAAGUUAAGUUUUAGUUCUCUUUUAUCUAUUUAACAAACUUAAUUAUAUAAAUUUUACAAAUAUCUAACCAUUGAAUACUCUUAUCUAUAGCACAUUACGGUCCUACUUUAAUAUGAAUAAAUCAAUAAUUUAAUACCAAAAUAUUAUGAUAAUCCUUAAUAUGCUCAACUUGACAUGUUUUUUAAAACAAUUUCUUGUUUACAACAUUAUUAAAUUAC